GCAAACCCAGCGCCCCCCCCCCCUCUCCAAGCCCAGGUCAGCAUCUCGCUUCAUCAGCGCAGCCUUAGGGGCACGUUGCGGCUCCUCCCCCCCUGGCCCUCGGGGCCCGGCUCAUUCCUCCUCCCAGCGGAGACCCGCCGCGCCGUCAUCAGGAAAUGGACAUCCGCCGACUCCAGAUGGAGGGGGAGGUCGGCAACAAAGGAGAGAGGCGGUCCCCGCGCCCAGUCUGCGUCCAGCCACGCUGAGUUGAGCCUCGUGACUUUUUUUCGCCGCUGCUGCGCGUUAAUUGCCUGCAACGCGGAGCAAAUACAGAGAGAGGAGGGGGGGGGGUGGUGGAGUGGGAGGAGGAAUUAACGUCGAUUCUUUAGCCCAGGCUCUUUUGUGCUCGGUUAUCCCCGAGGCAGCCAGGGGAUUUAGAGGGGUUGCGAGCUGAAUUCGGCGCUGGUGCCGCGUUUUACCGCCCGCAACGCCAGCACCGCCACCCCUGCAGCGCGCGUUCUGCAGCACCACGCGAGUGAAGCUGAAUGUGGAAAAGCGGGGAAGCGCCGAGGAGGAGGAGGAGGAGGACAGGGAUGGGACGACAGCAGCAGCUGCAGCAGCUUCAGCAGCUGCUUGUGCUGGGCACGCUGUGCCUCCUCGUCAGCCCGUGCACGGCGAGGGCAGUGCCGUGCAACUGGCAGCUGUCCGCCGGCGAGCCGGGCUACGUCAUGUCCCCGGGCUACCCGCAGGACUACCCCGCGCACCUCAUGUGCGAGUGGCUGGUCCAGGCCCCGCAGAGCGAUCAGCGCAUCAUCCUCAACUUCAACCCGCACUUCGAGGUGGAGAGGACCAAUGAUUGCCGGUACGACUUUGUGGAGAUCCGGGACGGAGCGGACGACAGUGCGCCACUGCUUGGGAAGUUCUGUGGGAACAUUGCACCACCGUCGCAGACCUCCUCAGGUGCCACCCUCUUCAUCCGAUUCAAGUCGGACUAUGCCACCCAGGGAGCAGGAUUCUCCCUCCGAUACGAGAUCUACAAAACAGACGAAUGCUCCAAUACGUUUACGACGCCCAAUGGAACGCUGCAAUCACCUGGAUACCCCGAACCGUACGGCCACAACUUGGAGUGCACCUACAUCAUCUCCGCUCCGCCACAGUCUGAGAUUGUCCUGCGAUUCCACGUGUUCAGCCUGGAGGCUGAGCCGGCUGCCCAACCAGAUGCCGAGUGUCGAUUCGACCGACUGGAGGUGUGGGACGGGCUGCCGCACGUUGGGCCACUGAUUGGCCGUUACUGUGGCAGCAAAUCACCAGGGGAGAUAAAGUCUGUGUCUGGGAUUCUCUCCGUCACCUUUAACACGGAUGGCGGCAUCGCCAAGGACGGCUUCUCUGCAACAUACAGGAUGAUUCAACGCAAGAUUAUUGAAACGGUGAAGUGCAACCAGCCCCUGGGAAUGGAGUCUCUGGAAAUACGAGAUGAGCAGAUCACAGCUUCCUCAAUGUACCCCAACAAAGAGUGGAUGCCCAAACAGGCUCGGCUCAACAACCCCGUCCACGCAUGGACGCCGGCAGCUGACUCCAACAAGGAGUGGAUACAGGCUGAUCUAGGCUACCUGAAAAUCCUGAGUGGAAUCGCGACACAGGGCGCCAUUUCAAAGGACUCCAAGAAGAGCUACUACGUGACAUCAUACAAGAUGGAAGUCAGCAGCAAUGGAGACGAUUGGAUGAUGUUGAAAGAGGGAAGGAUGCCCAAGGUCUUCUCGGCCAACUCGGACGCAUCCUCGCUGGUGGAGAACAAAUUCUCAGAGCCUGUGCUGACGCGGUUCGUGCGCGUGAGGCCCCGGAGCUGGGAGAAUGGCAUCGCCCUCCGCUUUGAGCUGUACGGAUGUCACAUCUCCGACUACCCUUGCUCUGGCAUGCUGGGAAUGCUUUCCGGGAGGAUACAAGAUGGGCAGCUGCAGUCCUCGUCCCAGCGAGGGCUCAACUGGGCUCCAUCGAGUGCGCGGCUGCUCAGCUCCGCGUACGGCUGGGCGCCAAUGCCCCCCCACGGGGCGUCCCACCCCGUGGGUGAGUGGCUGCAGGUGGAGCUGGGCGGGCGGCACACCGUCCGCGGCAUCAUCCUGCAGGGCGCCAAGUCCGGCACCGUUCCGGAUAACCGGUUGCACGUGCGCAAGUUCCGCCUGGCCACGAGCCUCGAUGGAGAAACCUGGGAAAUGAUCAGCGAGGACGACUCCGACCUCCCCAAGCUGUUCGAAGGUAACAGCAACUACGACACGCCGGAGUUGCGCAAGUUCGAGCCGGUCGUGGCGAGCUGGGUGCGCAUCUACCCGGAGAGGCAGGCGCCCGGUGGCGCGGGGAUCCGCAUGGAGCUGCUGGGCUGCGAUUCUCUCGAGCCAGAAAAAAAUCACUCUGAUGGCGAGGCUCAAAAGGAAGAUUGCGAGCAUUAUGGAAACUGUUCUUCUGGCCUCGAGGGGAGCAGGGAGCAAGAUGUGCAGACACCUGAUGAUUUAACGUUUCCUGAAGACUCUUCAAAUACUCCUGACCCGCACUCGGGCGCCUUUGUCGAGGGCUUCGGGUGUCGCUUCGGCCGCGGCCUGCAGAGGGGAACGUGCGGCUGGCUUCAGGGAGACGACAGCGCCGCCGACCUCCGCUGGCAGGUCGGGACCUGCCACAAGGGCCCCAGCCACGAUCACAGCUCAGGUCAAGGGAACUACGCAUUCGUAGAAGUGUCAGAGAGGGACGAACAGGGUGCCGCGAGGCUGCUCAGCCCCCCCGUGACCCCACACAGCACUUACCGGUGCCUGCAGUUCUGGUACCACAUGAGCGGCGGCAUCGACAGCCAGCUGUCUGUCAACGUGCGCACACAAACGCCGAUGGGCCUGCAGGACGAGACGCUGUGGAGCCUGUCUGGAGAGCAGCCAGCAUCAAGCUGGCAGGAGGCGCGCGCCAUCCUGCCGCAACACGCCACCCCUUACCAGGUCAUCCUGGAAGGAAAGAUGGGUGACGGGCACAAUGGGUGCUUAGCUGUUGACGAUGUGAAGUUCAACGACAAAAUCCCUCUCAUGCACUGCCUGAAGCCUUUCAAUGCCUUCCCAGGGGUGCUUGGUCUGCCUCCAGGAUUUCCUGGAAAUGUUGAAGAUGACACGGAGCUGAUAUUGGACGAAUAUGAUGAUAUGUACGAGGUUAAAUAUGAUAACAAGACUUCAACAAGUUGGCCCCCAGAUUUUGCAGCUGUUGAACAGAUGACGCCUGACCUCCAAGAUUCCAGGCCGUGGAUGCCAGAGUCAGGGCCAGGAGGAGGCAAGAGCCUGAGCAAGGACAGCACAAGGGUCACCGCCACCGUGCCAAGCCUCGGCCAGGCAUUAGACCCGAUGCUCAUCACCAUCAUCACCAUCAGCGCGCUGGGCAUUGUCAUGGGCAUGGUGUGCGCCUCGCUGCUACUCUACUGCGUGUGUUCGCGCGCCCGCCCCGUCUCGUCCACCACCGCGCUGCACACCGUUGGCAACGGGCCCACGCCACUGGACGGCUACAACUUUGAGCUCUACAACGGAGUGAAGCUCUCGAGCAAAACCAACGGGCAGUACAAACAGGCCACCCAGGCGUAGCCGAUGUGCCAGCACGCCGAUGUUACGAGGAGGGCGAGGAUCGGGGGGAAUGGGGGGGGGAUGGGGGUGGGCGUGGCCCGACGCUGUCGGUUGAAUUUAUCCAAGGGAGACAAAUACCGCAUUUGUGUGCCGAAAUCCUUUUUAAAGUCUUGCAAUCAAACAAACAAACAAACAAAAAAAACCGGAAAACAAACAAAAAAUUACCACGCAUACGUUUCAAACGAAAAAAAAUAAUUGCACUCAUUGGAUUUCCAAAAGCGAUUCAGCGCCAUAGGAAACAGCAACAAAAAGAGAAGCGAGUGAGCGAAUACAUAUCCACGAUCGUGCGAAGCCUUGUAAGUUCAACUGCUGUGUCUCUGCUGGAUUUACCCGCAGCAGCCCUGUCCCAUGCUCUCGUGGAGAGCAUCACUAAGUGCUGGCACUACUCUGUCUUCACACUCGCUGCUUAACCACCCCCCCCCCCCCCCCCUGCUUCGUCAGUGCUGCCUAGUCGGUGUUUUCUGUUUCUGCCUUAAUGAACCGUAUUCAGAUUUAAUCCACUAUAAACGUGUACUUUGAGAGUAUAAAAGAGAGCAAGAUUACAAAUAUAUAUGUGUGUAUAUCUCUUUAUGGCAGGUGUCCAAUUAUCGAGUACUGCACUUUGUAGAUAUAUUGCUUUAAUGUUUUAUAUUAAAUAUAUAUUUUUGGGCAUUUUUAUUUUAAUUUACUUGCAUAAUUUUUUUUUACAAGUGCCCCUUUUUUUUCUAUAUCUCUUUCUUUGUUAGAACUAUUAUGGCAGCAAAUACCCAAGUCUUGUAAAAUAAACAUACGUAUUACAUUAGUGACCACUGGACAAAGUAAUGCCUCUUAAAAUUCACCAUGUGGAAUGUUGGCACGUGCAUGAUAGCUCCGUGUGUCUCGUCUCUCUGCUCUAUGUGAAUAAGCAAAUCCGUGUGUGUCUCCCUUGUGUAAUUUUUUUUACCAAAUGUAGUCAAACGGUUGGGGAGAUGAAGCUAAUAGACAACGGGUCAGACAGAAUAAUUUUAAACGCAAGACUAAACCUGUAGGAGAUCCGUACGCCUACCAAAUUAGGCUCCUCAACAAUGCUUUAGUGAUGCUCAAGAUAUAUUAUUUACAAUGUUUCUAGAUAAGUACAGAAAUACCAGUCAUCAUUUUAUAUAAACUGAAAGAAUACUUAACACCUCUGACCUUCAACUGUGGAAUGUGUUCCCAUGAUCAAUGUUUAUCCAUGUGUUUUUGCUGGUAGGCCAAAUCUGUGUUUUUUUUCUCGUUUAAAAAAAAGAAUAGCACUGAGCAGGAACUGGGUUGCAGCUGCACAUCUCAAAAUAAUUUAAAUGUUUCUCUUGGCAACACGAAGCGGGAUCUACAUCCAGCUCAUGUACAAGUAUUUGUAUUAAUGACAAUUAUUGUUUAUUUAAUAACCAGUAGUACUGCUGUAUUGAUUUUUGUUUUUGUUUCACAAGUGGUGUACAUGCGAGCGUUGAGGAGUUCUACGUUUUGCCAAAAUGUGUUUUGAUCGUGGCCGUGGUGGCCGCCUGCCGCCACAUGCAGUUCUGCAUUUCAAACGUUCAGCGUCGGGGAAAAGGCAAAAAGAUGAUGCAGCAGUCAUGUGGUGUUCAUAUUGUGGCAAAUGCUGAUUUUUUUUUUUACUCAUUCGUUUCUCCCUUCGCUCUUAGAUUUAGUUUGAAUGCGUCAGUUUCCCACCCCCCACCCACCCCCCUUUUCAUCAAACAACUGUAAACAGUACUUUAAUAUCCACCACUGCCUGGGCAUCUCUCGCCUGGCGUCUCUUAAAACAAUUGUGCAUUCACACACCCCUUUGCUAUGACUUGACCGUACAAGAGACGUAGUUUUGUGCGCCAGAAAGCACCCACUCUUGUUUAAAAUGAUCGGCAAGUGACAAGGUAGCUACUUCUUGCAUGAUUGAGUGAUCGCUUUCCGCAUUUUAAAGACUCGACUGGCAAUCACGCAAGGCCAUGAAAAUCGCAUCCCGAGUCGAAGCCAAUUCGGAACAUCAUCUCAUUCAUAUCAAUAACCCGAGUACCACCUGGAUCGUCAACAGUGGCUGUCUGUUUUUUCGAGAGAUUAGUCCUUGCCAUGGGAUGUGAAGUUCCCACUGUUGGCUGAGGGCCUUCACUGGAGUUGAGUGCUGCCCUGUAACUCCGUCGAGCAAGGGAAAUGCUUUUAUUUUGACCUGAGGGCCCCUGUCCAUAAGCAAUUCAAAAGACUGCAUUUGACUUAACAUGAAACAACAGUCAUUGAUAAACCUGUGCUAUUUUAUUUUUUGAUAUUUAAAUUUUAUUUUUGUAUUCCUUGAAAAAAAUCUAUCCAUGGAUAUUAUUUUAAAGAUACCGUUAUUUAACAUACAUUUUAUUUAAAUGAGCUAUUCAAGCCGACCUUUAUAAUUUGUGGGAUACACCCCCAUGUGACACCAAAUCAUUUUUUUUUAAACCAGCUCUAUUCCCUACUAUGGUAAAAUGUUAUAUUUUUCGAUUUAAAGCUUUCGUGACUGCAGGGAUUCAUCUUCUUGGCUCUUUCGGUAAAGUUACGUAGAGGGGAAAUAAUAAAGUAAUAAAAAUAAAACACAGUAAAAUAAAAAAAUAAAAUGCUUUAUUUUUAGUAUUUUAUUAUUCCCCUUCUACGUGACUUUACCGAAAGAACCAAGAAGAUGUUAUAUUUUUAUAUAGCAUUUUUUUAAUACAUGCCCUUGUGAAAGUUGUCGUGUGGUGCAAGAAAUAAGGCUUAAUACAAUCCCAGCACCCAAUAUCUGUUAUCCCAUCACCUUUCCCCCACAUCCACAAUUGGAUAGUGACCUGAAAAUAUCGGAUGGAAGUUUCAUUUUUUACUGCCUUACUCCUACCGGUGUCCCUGCCUACACUAAGAAAUAGCAAUAAAAUGCUUGCCAUUGCAUUUUAUGGCCAGUAAUAAAAUACCCCCACUAUAAAAAAAAAAGCUGUGCGUCGUUUAUCCAUACGUAACGAAGGACAAUUACAUUAUGUGCCAUUCAGUGGCCAGCUCGCACACAAUAGCGUAAUAAAAUGAAACAAUGCACGGUAUAUGUCGCACGGAAACUGAAAAAAAUAUAUAUUUUAGACAGCAUCCUUUAAAAAUGCCUGACCACCAAAGAAGGCAUCGACGACGGGUUCUCCAACAAUAGGUCUUUGAUGAUUUUUCGAAAUGUAAAUGCCUUGGGACAUAUUUCAGUGUGACAAGCGAGAGGAGAACGUCCACUCAACCCGACCGAUUUAACGUAAUCUUCGCGAUUACCGCUGAUGGCGAGGACUCAUAAGGCAUGCUAAGGACGGCGCUUUAUUUCUUGCGUGCACAAAGUGCAAAUAAUGGUAUGGUGUAGUCAUCAAAUGCUGCUUUCUGGACUAGCAUAGAGAUGCUUGUUUAGCAAUAAAGCUUUGCUUGUUCAUGAUAGAGUCUGCUAAACAGCUUUCUGUGCUGUACCAAAUGAACAUUGUCUUUCAUGUCUUCAUCUUUAGGUACUGUAUAGGCUGAUCAUUAUGAGAUGCUGCAUACUGUAUUUGUAACCUGUAACUGUUACGUAAAAAAAAACUGUUAGUAAAAAACAAGCAAGAA